AUGGCUAUUCAAUGGGCAGCCCAGUUCCUGAGGAAGAUGGCCGACCCCCAGUCCAUCCAGGAAUCGCAGAACCUCUCCAUGUUCCUGGCCAACCACAACCGCAUCACCCAGUGUCUCCACCAGCAGCUGGAGGUGAUCCCGGGCUACGAGGAGCUGCUGGCCGACAUCGUGAACAUCUGCGUGGAUUACUACGAGAACAAGAUGUACCUGACGCCCAGCGAGAAGCACAUGCUGCUCAAGUGGGCGGGGGGGGGGGUGAUGGGCUUCGGCCUCUAUCUGAUGGAUGGGAACGUCAGCAACAUUUACAAGCUGGAUGCCAAGAAGAGAAUCAACCUUAGCAAAAUCGACAAGUUCUUCAAGCAGCUGCAGGUGGUGCCUCUGUUCGGGGACAUGCAGAUCGAGCUGGCCAGAUACAUUAAGACCAGCGCUCACUACGAGGAGAACAAAUCCAAGUGGACCUGCACCCAAAGCAGCAUCAGCCCCCAGUACAACAUCUGCGAGCAGAUGGUGCAGAUCCGGGACGACCACAUCCGCUUCAUCUCCGAGCUGGCCCGCUACAGCAACAGCGAGGUGGUGACCGGCUCGGGGCUGACAAGCCAGAAGUCGGACGAGGAGUACCAGGAGCUCUUUGACCUGGCGCUGCGGGGCCUGCAGCUCCUAUCCAAGUGGAGUGCCCACGUCAUGGAGGUGUACUCUUGGAAGCUGGUUCACCCCACAGACAAGUUCUGCAACAAGGACUGCCCGGGCACGGCGGAGGAAUACGAGAGAGCCACGCGCUACAACUACACCAGUGAGGAGAAGUUCGCCUUCGUGGAGGUGAUAGCCAUGAUCAAAGGCCUGCAGGUGCUCAUGGGCCGCAUGGAGAGCGUGUUCAACCAGGCGAUCCGGAACACCAUCUACGCCGCCCUGCAGGACUUCGCGCAGGUGACCCUGCGGGAGCCGCUCAAGCAAGCAGUGCACAAGAAGAAGAACGUCCUCAUCAGCGUCCUGCAGGCCAUCCGCAAGACCAUCUGCGAUUGGGAGGGCGGGCGUGAACCCCCCAACAACUCCUGCCUGCGAGGAGAGAAGGAUCCCAAAGGGGGCUUCGACAUCAAGGUGCCCCGCCGAGCCGUCGGGCCCUCCAGCACCCAGCUGUACAUGGUGCGCACCAUGCUCGAGUCGCUCAUCGCGGACAAGAGCGGCUCCAAGAAGACCCUGCGGAGCAGCCUGGACGGCCCCAUUGUGCUGGCCAUCGAGGAUUUCCACAAGCAGUCCUUCUUCUUCACCCAUCUGCUCAACAUCAGCGAAGCGCUGCAGCAGUGCUGUGACCUCUCCCAGCUCUGGUUCCGAGAGUUCUUCCUGGAGCUCAAUGGCCGGUGCAUCCAGUUCCCCAUCGAGAUGUCCAUGCCUUGGAUUCUGACAGACCACAUCCUGGAGACCAAGGAGCCUUCCAUGAUGGAGUACGUCCUCUACCCACUGGACCUGUACAACGACAGCGCCUACUACGCGCUGACCAAGUUCAAGAAGCAGUUCCUGUACCACGAGAUCGAGGCAGAGGUGAACCUGUGUUUUGAUCAGUUUGUCUACAAGCUGGCCCACCAGAUCUUUGCCUGCUACAAGGCCAUGGCGGGCAGCGUCCUCUUGGACAAACGCUUCCGGGCCGAGUGUAAGAAUUACGGCGUCAUCAUCCCGUACCCACCCUCCAACCACUACGAGACGCUGCUGAAGCAGAGACACGUGCAGAUAUGGGGGGGGGCUCUAGAGAAGAUGGCGCAGAGCUGCAACGUCGGGGGUGUGCCAGGGAAUUGCCCAGUGGCAGGCUGUCCCAUCAAGAAUAUGGAGUUAAGUCACAGCGAAUGUACCACAUUCUCCUCCCAAGACGAGGAGGCCCUUACCAGCCAAUACUAUGUAUAUCACACCAUUGGCUCUGGCACCUAUGGGCAUGUGAAGAAGGCCUGUCACCACCUCACAGACAAAGAGGUAGCAGUGAAAGUACUGCAGACAAGAGACUACCCCAUACUGGUAGAAAAUGAGGUGGACAUUGUUAAGUCCCUGAGUCACCCCCACCUGAUCAGGGUGUACCAAGUGAUCCAGGGAGAGGAACACACAUACUUGGUCAUGGAAAUGGCCACCAAGGGAAACCUACAGACCUGGAUCCAAAAUUCACGCUGCCUUUUUGAGAACGAAGCCAGAAAGCUUCUGCAGCAGAUAUUAAGUGCUGUGCAGUACUGCCAUCUCAACUGGAUUGCGCACCUCGACCUAAAGCCUGACAACAUCCUACUGGAUGAAUAUGGCAAUGCCAAAGUCAGCGACUUUGGGUUAAGUGUAAGAGUUGCCCCAGGGCAGUUGCUCACAGAAGUCCGAGGAGCCUAUGUCUUCCGUGCCCCUGAGAUCUACUUGAAGAAAGCGUAUGAUGGCUUCAAGGUCGAUGUGUGGUGUCUGGGCACAAUACUUUUGUUUAUGGUGACGGGACAAUUCCCUUUUCAAGGAAGCAAUAGCAACCAGCUACGUGAAGCAAUUGUGAAUGGCAGGUAUGAGAUACCAUUUCACUUGAGUGCAAAAGGACAAAGCAUCAUUUCCCAGUUCUUAACUGUAAAUCCAGAAUACAGGCCGAAUAUACAACAAGUCAUGGUGCACCCAUGGUUGGCUCCGAUUGAGGAAGGCUCCCUGUAUCGGGAUGAGCCACUGACCAAUCACCUAGACCCCCUGGUUGUCACCAUAAUGUGUGACAUGGGCUACACCGAGCAUCAGAUCCACGAGUCAGUAACACAGAGGGCAUUUGAUGCCGUGAUGGCCACCUACCUGCUUCUACAAAGUGACUUCAAGUCAGACAGU